AUGUCUGAUCCAAAAAGAAAGGACAACCCCACUCAGCCAUUCAGUGCUUUUGCCUUUGAAGCCCGUGCAGACCCUGACACCCUUUCACUCAGUGAUUCAGAUCCUGAAUUAUCAGAUGAAGCUGAUGUUGCGUAUAAUAGUGCAGAGGAAGAAGAUGAUUUAGAAGAUGCUGCUGAACCAGAUAGAGUAGAAAGGCCACCUGUAGUGCCUUUCACUUUAAAGGGAACCGAUGCUACUUUUUUUCAGCGUAGCCAAGGCAUCUUUGGAGCCCUGAAGGAAGUGCAAAUGCAUUUGCCUCCUGGGCAGAAAAUUGAGAGAGUCAAACAUCAGAGUAGCUCAUCGGAUGAUGAGGCAACCGAAACUCCCAAGCCAAAAAAGCCAUUAGAGAAAAGUCAGUCAAAGGAUAUCACAGAUUCUGAUUCACCAAAUGCUGGUAAAUCUGGUCAGGUGUCUCAGCAGUCAGGUGCAGUAGAUACAGCAAAGUCUGCUUCUACAAUGCCAGACUACUUGACACACCCAGAGCGCUGGACUAAAUACAGCCUGGAGCAAGUGCCAGAAUCAAGUGACCAUAUCAACCGUAAUGCUGCCCUGAGUUUCUUAGCAGAGUUAAAGCAGAAAAAGGAUGCUAAGACUGUGUCCCCUGAUCCAUGUUCUCUUCCUUUCAAUCAAGACUCUUCCAGCAGUGGAGGCGGAAGGAUUCUUUUCUCAAAGCCUCUAAAGGUUGCUCGGGGCAUUGGUGAGAAAAGCGAGUCACACUCACCACACCUGAGUGUUUCUGGAGGAUGGGAAGAAGAAGUGCAUGAGAAGAGUGAGGCAACAGCGGAUACGGCAGAAAGCUCCUCCUUGGGGUUUCAUGGAGUAAAAAAACGUAACCGAAAAAACAUCCGCACAAAAGCCAACUUAAGUGGAGAGGAGAACUCUGAGUGA